ACAGUACAUAAGGAAGUUACUGUGCUGUGUGAAGAGAUAAGAAGGUAAUGUUAAGGGACUCAUUAUACUGCUGACCGUUGUCAGUGGUCUCCAAGGAAAAUAUUAAGUAUGGGAGAAGUGCGAGGAUUCAAUUCAAAUACAGAACUUCAAGGUAGCAACAUGGCCUACAGGAAGGUCCGUGCAGGUCAUGGGGGCCCUUUGCACUCGAGGGCACUGGAGAACGUGGAGCUGCAGGCCACAGCCCUGGAGCUGGAGUGGGACAUGGAAAAAGAGCUGGAGGAGCCAGGCGGGGACAGGUUCCAGUUGGAGGCCUCGGUGUGCCACCCGGUGGGCAACUCCAGUGACGGUGGUGACCCAGACAUGGAGCCCAUUCAGCCUUCUAUUUCCCCACGCGGCCGUUUUGAGCGCUUGGAGGAAGACCCUGACUACAUGACACACUUCACCAGACCCUUGCCAAAGAGCCAAUGGAGGACCUUCUGUCCGCUGGCCAGAUACGCCCUGCUGGGCGCAGGCCUCUUCAUCCUUGGGCUGAUCCUCGGCCGCUACACACACGCCACCCCGAACCAAACGUCCAGUCCUCCUCCAGACAAUGAUCUCUACCAAAAAAUCCUGCAGGAUAUUACUGCAGAGAAGAUACAGUCACAUAUAAGGGCUUUGAAUGCAGUAUCUACUGAAGAUGGCGAGUUAUCCAGAGCACUUUAUCUUUUCCGCCAGUGGACAGACUUGGGCUUAACAAAUGUCUACUUGGCCAAUUACAGCGUUCUGCUCAGUCUGCCUGGCUCUUCUCCUGGCACAAUCACUGAUAAGGCCAGCAAAAAAUGUUACCUUCCUGACGGGAAUGCUUGCAACACUCUGAAUCUUGAGACCAUCUCCAGUGACCAGUUUUUCUCCUUCGCUGCCUAUUCUGCCACCGGAAUCCUGGAGGGUGAGAUGAUCGACGUUCAGUACGGAAGCACAAGAGAUUUAAGUCAAGUCAAUACUUCUAACCAAGGUACCAACAGAAUUGCACUUUUGAAACUGGGACAAGCACCCCUAAUUUAUAAGCUCUCGCUUCUGGCUGAUGCUGGCUUUGUGGGGGUGCUCACCUAUGUUGACCCUUGUGACCUCCCCAGCCAGCAAAGUCAGGAAGAUAAAGCCUUUGGCAUUACUCUGAACCCGGGAGGCGACCCGUCCACUCCUAUGGACCCCAGCAUCUCUGGAAGUUACAGGGAACUGCGAAAAAAUCUGACCUCAUUGUUUGUCCAGCCAAUCGCAGCUUCUUUGGCCAGAGAGCUGCUGUCUGGUUUGCCCUUUGAACGUGGAAGCCCCUGCACUCGGCUCUCCAUGUCAGCCACAUCAGGCAGAAGAAAUAUUACAUUAAAAAUUGGAACAAAGGCUGAAUACAAGACGAUCUACAAUGUAAUUGGAUACUUGAAAGGGGCAACCAAUCCUGAUCGAUAUGUGCUGGUGGGCGGUCGCCAUGGUAGAUGGUACCAGGGCAAUGGGGCCGAGUGGAUUGGGGGCGCAGCUGUCAUGACCCAGAUCAUUGCCUCCCUGACCAUGCAAGCCAAGCAAGGUUGGCAGCCUGACCGUACCACUCUUUUCUGUUCGUGGGGAGGAUCUGAAUUCGGCAAUAUUGGCUCCUUUGAGUGGGGAGAGGAGAAUCGGGUGGUGUUGCAGAGUAGUGCUGUCGCCUACGUAAGCCUGCACCAUCCAGUAAGAGGAAAGGGAGUCUUACAGUCGGUGACGUCUCCCUCCCUGCUGCAACUUAUCUCAGACAUUCACAAGAAAUUCCUGAAUUGCUCGCGAGGAGUGAGCUGUCCCGGGCCGCGUAUCAGCUCCAUGCAGACCCUGGGGGACGGCACCUUCUUUGCCAACCAGCUGGCUGUCCCAACUGCUGAAUUUGCAUUUCAAGAUACUGGGACAGCAGAGAAAACAAGCUUCCUCCACGAGGCCCUUUUUCCUGAUGAUUCAUCAGCAGAACUCUUGGAUCCCUUCUCCGGCUUAUAUGAGACGGUUGCUAAGGCUACUGGAGAAACCAUUCUGCACUUAGUGUCUGAUCCCGUGCUUCCAUUUUAUCCCUUGGAUGUUGCCUUGGAUGUUCAAAACAAGCUUAAUGAUGGCAAGAUGGGCGCAGAUGAGCUGCUGGCGAAAGCUGCUUCUCUGAGGGAAAGCUCCGCGUUCUUCCAGUCGGAAAUGAUGCGUCCGGCAAAUGAUCCAAAGGAGCGAGAUCCCUCCCAUGUGCGUAUGCUGAAUGAUGUACUGCAGAACCUCGAAAGGAGCUUUAUCAUCGCUAAUCCUCCUCCUGGAUUUUAUAGGAACAUACUGUAUGGACUGGACGCACGAGCCGUGCAGUUCUCCAUCCUGAAGAACGCCGAUGACGUGCAAAGUCCCAGCAAGUUUAAUCAGUCCUUGUCCCUGAUUUUAAAUGCCAUCAACUCUGCUGAGACGCUGAUCAGAAGUGGGCUUGACCUCUUUGAGAAUGACCCCAAUCGGGCAAGCUGACACAUCCCAAGCCCAAGCUCACAUUCUGCAGACUCCUUCUAAACCGCAGCCCUUUCGACGUAGAUUUAUAUAGUGUAGAGCAGGUCAGUGUGGACAAUGAAGCUUGAAGAAAGUAGUAUAUUUCCUGUUAUGAGUGAAUGUAUCUGUAUCUGAAACAUUCAGGGCUUUUGACAAAUUGUUAAUUGAUAGAUGUUUAUCUCAUUCUUCCUAUUGUUUUCACCGAAAUCACUGACUGCUCUGCGUUUGCAAAUGCAUUUUCCUUACUAGCGUAAUAGUAGCAAUGCCAAAACAAUUGCACUUGAUAGCCCGAAGGCUGCAGCAAAAAAACAAACAAACAAACAAACAAAAAAUCGUCCUACUGGAAGGGGAUCAGAGGACCCACAGAAAGAUAUGGAUUACACCAGCUAAGUAAAUCUACUUGACAGAAGCCUUGGAGGAUGUAACAGAUUGGCAUUUACCACCUCUGAAUGCAAUCUAUAGAGCAUUACAACAUAUCAGUUUUCAGAGCAUUUUCCAGAGCUCAUACAAAACUUGUGACAGUUUCAAAUUUAGAAAAAAAAAUCCUCUAACAUGCGUGUUACGUAUUGAAUGCUGUGUUUUUUUUUAGGAUGUGUUUAAACACAUUCAGUAUAUAUAUAAAAAUUAAAAAACAGAGUUCAACGUGAAUGAAUAUGCACUGGUAGGCCAACUCUGGUUUGGAUUUCUAACUACUAAUAACAAAAUAAACACAACAUACGAUAGUCUUUUAAAUCCCGGCAUUUUCUGAAAGCACAUACGCCAGGUCUUAGUGUGCCUUACUAUCACAUCUGUGAUGUUGUGACGUUUUACAACAAGCAGGUUGACAUAUGUCGGUGACGUAAAUACAGGUAACGUCACAGGUUAACAUAAUGUUUGAAGCGAUAUGUGUGCGCGCUGAUUUACGGCUCACGCACUGGACUAAAAACUGACCUAAGGAAAGAAAGAAAAGAGGCACAGGUCCUAGGAUCGCUCCACCUGUGCUGUACAUAACUCCUCCCUCUUGCAUGCUGUUUAAUAUAUAACAGACAUAGCAUUUCUUGAGCUUGUCGGUAUUUUGCUUUGCCUACUGUCCUAUCAUGUUAUAGAUAUUACCUAUAGUAUGCCUUUCAUAAAGCAAUACUUGCAUCUGUACCUGUUAAAAGGCAUGUUACGUUUCCAUACAGUAUGUUAAAUUGGGAAAGGAAUUAUGUGACGGAGAACUGGAGUCUGCAAUGGUUCGGAUUAAGGUAGAAGUUUUGAAAUGAAUCAUGACACUUGUGUUGCACAUCUGUUAUACAUUUUUUUUAACAUUUGUGUCAGAAAACAUGUAUAAUUCAGUUGCUUCGGUUGUUCUGAUGUGAAGACUUGGAAUUUUACAAGUGAUACUGAAAGUAACAAGAAAGAAAAAGGUUUUACUUGACUUGAACUUUUCAAAAGUACUAAAGAGGCCACUAAUAGACUAUGUUCAGGGAAACCAUACUAAGCUUUAAAUUAUGAAUGUGCCUUCAAUUAAAACAAAACUGCUUUAAAAAUCAUGGAUUGCUAUCAGUUAUUUGAUCAUAUGUAGUCAGUGCAUUUUAUUGAUAUUACCAAAAAGCAGAGUUUUUUGGAUUUUUGGGUUACUUUAUGAACAGAUUUCUAAAUUUCCAGUUGUGCAAAUAUAAUCAGUAUUUUAAACAACAACAUUUUCAGUAAGGCACAUAAAUGACCUUGGAUUUGAUACACAUUUAAUGGUUAAAACUAAUGUAUCAUGGUCAGUUUCUGUGUUCAUUUAAAAAAAAAACACUAGAUUAUUGCAUAUUUAUGCAAUCACAAUGCAGUGCUGAAAUCCAUAAUAUAAAAUACAUUAGUCUAAUUAAAAUUUUAAAUUAAUUAAAUUCAACUGUGAAUUGUCUUAAUUUUUGCAAAUCAUUUGACAUGUCAUUAUUUUUCUUUAACUGGAUCACACAAUCAGGCUGAUUUAUGUUAUUUGAACACGGUAGUGUAAAUAAUUUAUUUAUAUUGUAAAGUAUUUAUAAGUUAUGUUGCAUAGAAUUUGGUAAAUCACUUUUUGAUAUUUUGUUUGUUUUUUUUUAAAUAUAUGAUUUUUACAGUGAUUGGUUUAUGAAGAACAAAAGAGAAAAACCUAAAGAGUCCAAACCUGAGCAUAAAAAUUAUUUUAAAAUUACAUUUACAAAUUGUAAAGUAAUUGUUUCCAAUUGAAUGUAAUUAAAUGAUGUCCAGAUGUGUGGGUCUAAUUUUGGAUAUUUGAUUUGUGGAAAUGUUUGGUAUGAAUUUGUGUAAUAUAUAGUAUAUGAUCAAAUGAAUGAUUGUUAAUAUAUGUAUUAUUAAACAUUCUGAACACCAGCAGCUAUUUAAGUAAAAUAAUGACAUUUAUGUACCCUGCAGUUAUUGUCAGGGCCAAACAUUUUGUAUCGAUUUUACUGUUAACUGUGUCUGUAUUCUAAAGGAACUUCAGUGGAACGUUACAAUGCACUUAUUUGAGAAAAUUCAUCUCUGGGCAAACUUAAAAUUAUGGUGAGACGAUUUGCUGUGUUUCGCGUAAAGUCAUAUCAAAGUGCUUUCCUUAUGCAUUUGUGAUGAAACAAAAUGACUGUAGUGCCCUUAAUAUGUGUAAAUAUUAUGUCAUAUUCCUUUUUACAACACUAUAAUUUUUGUUAGUUUUUAGUAUUUUCAUUAUUCCAUGAGAUGCUCGGAUGGUGAGCAUCAUAUUUUUGCAUGCAGGGUCAAUCUACUUUUUGUCUGGAUGUGUGAUAUUUCAAUUAUGAUUUGAGAUGGUAGAGAUGUCGCAUACAGGUAUACAUUUUGCUAACACAUUGCAAUUGGAGCUAUUUUUGUGCAUUGUAGUAUAUAAAUCCAACUAUUCAGUUCACUGUCAAUAUGUUAAAAAUGUUUAAAACUGUGCAAUGCAAGCAGUGCUGAAGUAUAUUAAGCUCCUGCCCUUCUGAGUGUCGGUUACAUUAUGAUUGCUGUUCUUUGUGAUUUGCUAAUGUCACCUUCUGUCCUGCACAGCGUAAGCCUAAUGCACAUAAUGGAGUCGGUUUAAAAUUCAAAUAAGCUCCUGCAAUUAGUGUAUAUGUAGUAGUUAUUUUAUUUGGUACAUGAGAUUCUAUACCUUACAUCAAGCAAUAAAUGCAGUUUUGCUAGGCAUUUGACUGGGUGUGUUUAAGGUGUUUUUAAUGAAAUGCCAAAUGGUCAGGCAGUAUAUAUAAAGAUGAUAUUGAUACAUUGAA